AUGCGAUCGAUAUCACACGUGGGACGCAGGGCUGCCAGCAGCGCCUUCGCGUCUCGAUCAGUCGGGUGUUCCUCACGGGCUUCAUCACUCGUGACGAGGAACCCUCUCGUCUGGCGACAGCCAACAUUGACUCGCCGCCCAUUUGCACCGAUCAACCGAUACAACUCUUCACUAUCUGUGCCCGGCACCCCACCCUCGCCAGCGAAAGCACAAGACGAGCCCUCAUACGAGCUGAGCUUCACCUGCAAGCCUUGCCUCUACCGGUCCACCCAUCGCAUCACGAAACACGGCUACCAUCGCGGAACCGUUCUGGUUACCUGCCCGUCCUGCAAAGCCCGCCAUGUGAUCGCCGACCACCUCAAAAUCUUUCUAGACAAGAGUUCGACGCUUGAGGAUAUAUUACGGAAGAAGGCAGCCGCCGGUGAAGAUAUCUCGAAACUGUUGAAGAAGGGGAGAUUGGGUAUCCGGCCGGGCGAGGUGGUGGGCAAUGAAGGCGAAGAGGAUCUUGAGUUCUGGGAUGACGGCACUGAAUCUGUACACACUCCGAUCGAGGAAAAGCAAGGAGGUCAACAAAGUUGA